AUGGCGGGCCACUCCUUGCACCGCGAAAUCGUCGCAUCGGCCGCAAGCCUCAAAUCUUGUCUGCGCGGGCUAGCGCUCGCGCUCGGCGCGUCAGUGCCGACUGCUUCGACCGUCGAUGCUGGUGCCAAGGCAGCGGGCGCUGCCUCGCGCGCGGUCGGCGCGGCCGCAUCUCUAAAGAAGCUCCUGGGCGGCGCUAGUGGCGAGCAGGAGCUGCUGCUGCCCCUUGAUACCAGCAAGCGCCUGGUGGAGGUCAACCUGCCCGAUAGCCUGCAGCAGCUGCUCGCCGCUUCAGACCCCUCUGCGGCGCGCUGGCCGCUCCCCAGAUGCGCCGAGGCGGGUGCUGAGGCGGGCCCCGCGCGCUCGGCGGCGCCGCUGGAGCACCCCCUGUGGCAGCAGGUUCAGCUGGUCGUUGCGGACACAUGCGAGUGCUUGUCGCUGCUCGCACGCGUCGCGCUGCGCGCCUGCGCGCGCAGCGAUGACCCUCUUGGCGUGAUACUGCAGAUCUGCGGCCCGCAGCCGGCAGCCGCGGCCGCGCGUUACCUGGGGGCGCUGCGCGCUCUCGAGGAGGGCAACGGUGGCCAUGGCGCGCCGACGACGGCCGCCGCGCGCGCGGCCGCGUGCAUGACCGCUGCGCUUCUGUCGCCGCUCGGCGCCAUGGGGGCCACGGCGGGCCCAGACACCGAGCUGCGGGCGCAGCUGGCAGGCAGCUGCCGCGAAGCCGGCCUGCUGGGGGCGGCGUGCGGCGCGCUGAUGGCAGCCGCGAAGCCGCUCGCGGCUGGCGGCGGCGUGGACGAGGAGACGGAGCGCACGGUCGAGGCGGCGGCGGGCCACCUUCUUUCUCUGUGCCUGUUCAUGUCAGGUGUCGAUACCGAUUUCUCAGGCGCCGACCACGAGAUGGUUGUGGCCCAACCCGCCGCGGGUGAGGCGGUAGGGCCGGAGCCUGGCAGCGAGGACGGCAGCGGCGACGGCGGGGCGCAUUGGCGCCACGAGGACGCGCCGCGCUUCGCAGAGCACUGGGAGGCACCCGCUGGGGGCGCCUCGUCCUGGGAGCAGCCCCCGCUGCAGCACCAGCGCCAGGGCGGGCUGUCCGCCGCCCUCGGCGCCUGCCGCCCGGCCCUCGCGCCGUUGUCG